AUGUUUUUCCUCGCCGCAGACAUCCCGCUGUGUGCCGCGACGCACUUGUGGCACCUCCUGAAGGUGCCACAGAAAAAACGACAUAAGGCGCCGCGCGGCGGUGCGGCAGAGCAGAGGCGGCGCCAGCCCAGACCGGACUACGGCGGCGGUCCCACCCCGCUGUUUGACGACACCAGUUCUCCCGGCGACCCCGCGUACAACCAGAACCAGCCGCAGGGCGGGGGCGCGUUCUACGGAGGGAUGGCGGGACAACAGAUCCUGACAGACCCCAUGGCCAACAUGGCCAUGCAGUAUGGCAGCUCCCUGGCCACGCAAGGCAAGGAUGUGAUGGAGAAACAUAUUGACAGGUUCAUCUCCAUCUCCAAGUUGAAGUACUACUUUGCAGUCGACACCACGUAUGUUGGCAAGAAGCUGAUGCUCCUGCUGUUUCCUUACAUGCACUCGAACUGGUCCAUAAGAUACAACAAGGAGGAGCCUGUUGCACCCCGAUAUGAAAUCAAUGCUCCAGACUUGUACAUACCAGUUAUGGCAUUUGUGACGUACAUUCUGGUUGCUGGAUACUGCCUAGGAACACAAAACAGUUUUACCCCUGAACUGCUGGGUAUGCAGGCCAGUUCUGCGCUGGUGUGGCUCAUCCUGGAGAUAGUGGUCAUCACCAUGGCCAUGUACAUCCUCAGCGUAGCUACUGACAUCAAGACAUUCGACCUGCUAGCCUUCUGUGGAUAUAAAUAUGUAGGAAUGAUUGGCAUUCUGCUAGGAGGGAUGUUGUUUGGCUCCAUGGGGUACUACCUGGCCCUGGCAUGGUGCAGUGCUAGUAUGUUUUUCUUUUUGUUACGGACACUGCGGUUGGUGAUCUUGCCGGAUGCGUCGCACGACAUGGGAGGCAGCGGAGGCAACAAGGGGAGAACGUAUCUCGUGCUGGCCAUCGCCGUUCUCCAGCCAGUCUUCAUGUGCUGGUUAACAAGGCAUCUCAUCCCCAAUCAAAACUGAAAGUAACUCAAGCAACUCUUUUUUGGUAGAAAGCGUACUACCGGUACGAAUUUUGAAAACUUUUCAUAUCCAACACAAUGAAAAAAAUACCAC